AUGGACGCUCCUCAGUACCUUACCGAUGGUAUAGACACGAACUCUGUCUCUUACCCGUCGCGUCCCGCCAUCAUACCUUGUCAACCUCAGCAAACCAAACGUCUGCUGCCUCACCAGACUCUGCCGCCUCUGCAGCCGCAGACCCUCGCCGCCAUAGACCCGAUGAACCGCAGUAACCCCCACACUCCUAGCACUUCCGCGACUCCCAGCACGCCGGAUUCCCAGACCGACAUGAUGCCGUUCCAGCAUCAGCAGCAGCCGCCUCACAAUCCUUACCAGCACAUAGGCGAGCGCCCUCUCCUGCUCCAGACGUACGACACUCAGUCCAUGCUGCCCCUGACCACGAUGGGCACUUCUCACCUUCAGCCCAUCGCGCCUGCCCCGGCGUCUAGACAUGUUUCUUCUGUUCUGCAUUCUAUGCCCGCUCAUGUUGCCAGGCCUCGGUCUGGGAUGACCUCUCCCCGCGGCACUGGCUGUGUCAUGUCCGGUGGUAUGGAUGAUGUCGAUCAGACUAAACAUGUCAUCGGCUCUUCUAGUCGCCAUGGAGCUCUCACCGGCGCUUCUGGCGGACCUACCGCUACUCCUGCUGGCACUGGCAACACCAAGAGCACUGUGGUACCAGUCAAAGCUAACGGCAAGAUCCCUGACCCUCACUACGACAAAACCUACUCGCAAGCGAAGCGCCAGAAGAGUCACCUUGUACGCCACACGGGCGGCCACUUGUAUGAACGGCGUGACAACAUGACUUCGCGUAAAGAUAAGAUGUUCUCGAAUGGCGAGCCCAACUCAGACCAGCUAUCAAGCCUUGAUCGGACUCGGAUCCGCCAGGCUGAAUCGCAACAGGCCCGUGAGAAUCAUACUCAAUCUUCUCUUGGUCGUCCCGUACAGACACUGAUCGCACCCGACCCGGUCCCUACUACUGGCGUCCAGUGUUCAAGUGGACCCUCUGGCCCCUUGGAUCACCGCGAUUCCCUUUUCUUUUCGACUUGGAACGUGCCGCAAUCGAUCAAAGAUCCUUUUGCACUCCUUUCCGACCGGAUCCUCAGCUUCCUCUAUUCUGCAGAUUCCCCGAUAACCAACGAACGCACCAGCUUCAACCAGUACUUCUCCGCUGGGAAUGUUCGCACCCUACUGAAAAAGUACACUGAAGUCAGUGUCAGAUGGCCUAUUCUCCAUACAUCCGCGUUCUGUAUCGUGGAUGCCUACACUGGCUUGUUGGUGGGCAUGUGCUGUUUGGGUGCCCACUACUCUGCCCUUAUCCAACCACAUCACGUGCGCGACCUAACAAAUUUCCUUGGGUCCGAGCUAGCUCGUGAUCUGGUGCCCUCAGCCGACUUGGUGAGCAAACAACAGAGUUGCGACGCUGGCGCAAAUACCUCGAAGGACAGUCACCCCUACCUGGAGAAACUUCAGGCUCUAGCCAUGCUACAGAUUCUGGUGGCCUUACAAAGCACACCUCAGCAUCGGACUUCAAUAGCUGUGACGAAGUACACUGAUUAUCUUUGGCGGCUUGACGUUGAACCUGGCAUGCCUGAUUCAUAA